UGCAGAUGUUGUGUUUGACUCGCAGCUUCAGUGAGUUGUAGUUGUUGUUGUUGUUUAUCAACACAGUUUGUUUGUUGUUAUCUGCUCCUAGUUGACUCUGUGCUCCUGGCAUGGCGGAGAUAAAGCCCUGUGAGCCCUCGGUGCUCUACAACCUGCUGAACAGGAGCGGCGCGAGGCUGGCGGAGAUCAACUAUCUCUGUCUGAUCGAUGCUCGAGAAACCCAAGACUACAGAACAAGUCACAUCAUAACAGCCAAGACUGUCAAAACGGAUUCAGAAGGUGUGUUCCUGCUUCCCGAGGCUCUGGAGGUGGACAGCAUGCAGCACGUGGUCGUCUACGACAGCAACACCAGCUCCAUACAGGAAGACAGUCGAGCGCUGCUCUGUGCUCGAGUUCUCUCUGAAGUUUCACUCUCUCCGGUGCUCGUGGUGAUCGGAGGCUUUCAGAGGUUCACCGCUCUGUACACCUACCUGAGGACGGAGAAAAUCAUGUACACCAUCACAGAGCUGGAGAACCUGAAGCAGUAUCCGGUGGAGAUCCUCUCAGGACUCCUGUACCUCGGAGACGAGAAGCAGAGCGCCGACUGCAGCCUCCUCAGAGAGAUGAAGAUCAGCCUCAUCAUCCUCCUCUCUCAGGAAUCCAUGAAGGGGAAUCAGACCAUUGUUAACUUCCCGGUGGACGACUCAGUGAAAUCUGAUUUAUACUCCAGCUUUGAAAGAAUCUGUGAUCUGAUUGCCUCUCACAUCGACUCGGGCUCUCGGGUUCUGAUCGCUUCUCCUCGAGGUCGAAGUCGCUGCAGCGCCGUCACCAUCGCCUUCCUCAUGAAGCACCGAAAACACACACUGCAGGAGGCCUGGAACUUGGUGCUCGGAUGUAAACCCGACAUGAGGCCGAACGCUGGGUUCCUGCAGCAGCUGGAGGCCUGGGAGCUGCACCUCACGGGGAGGAGAGAGACCGACAUAUCACUACUGUAAAUAAAC